AUAUUUUUGGAAAGAUUACGUUGUUGAAUAAUGAGAAGUGCAGCAUUGAAGCGGUUGAGCUACAGCUAGAGCCUAGAGCAAGGUGCUGGGUGUCCAUCUCUGUGCUCCCAUGAGCUUCGUCACCCUUCCGCAUUCCUUCUUCCACUUCGUGUAUUAUUCCAUAGAUGCGAUUAACCCUAGAAGCUAUGGUCUUCUUGCUUCACACCCAAAGAAAAGGAGAUUUCCUGCAAUCACCACCUCCAUGGCUCGACGGUCAAGCAAAGAGCUGCUGGUGGUGAUAGGCGGCGGAGCGGCUGGAGUUUAUGGAGCAAUAAGGGCUAAAACUGUAGCGCCUAACCUGAACGUGGUGGUUAUUGAAAAAGGAAAACCUUUAUCAAAGGUAAAAAUUUCAGGGGGAGGGAGGUGCAACGUGACAAACGGCCAUUGUGUUGACAAAAUGAUGUUGGCAGAGCAUUACCCAAGGGGUAAUAAGGAAUUGAGAGGAUCUUUCUUCAAUAUGCACGGACCUGUGGAUACGAUGUCUUGGUUUUCUGAUCAUGGUGUGGAACUAAAGACUGAGGAUGAUGGAAGGGUAUUUCCUGUAAGCAACAGCUCAUCAUCAAUAGUUGAUUGCCUUUUGUUUGAAGCAAAGCAGAGGGGAGUUUUAUUGCAGACGAGCAAAGUUGUUACAACUGCAUCAAGAAAUAUUGCUGGAAAUUUCCUUCUCAAGAUUGAAAAGGGUAUCGAUGAUUCUGAAUAUGUUGAAGCUGAUUAUUUAUUACUUGCUAGUGGGAGCAAUCGGCAGGGUUAUACUCUUGCUACUCAGCUUGGUCAUUCAAUUGUAGAUCCAGUUCCAAGCUUAUUCACUUUCAAGAUCAAAGAUUCAAAAUUGUUGGAGUUGUCUGGAGUUACGUUCCUUGAAGUAAAAGCAAAGCUAAAACUAGAAAAUGCCCAAAGGAAUAUACCACAACUUACGCAGGUUGGUCCUAUGUUAGUCACACACUGGGGCCUCAGCGGGCCUGUCAUUUUGCGGUUAUCUGCUUGGGGGGCCCGCGAUUUGUUCAAUUCUGGCUAUAAAGGGACACUAUUUGUUGAUUUUGCACCUCAUCUUCAUGUAGAAGAUAUGAAGUCCAUCCUUAUUAAACGAAAGAAUCAGUGUGCGAAGCACAAGGUGUUGAAUUCAUGUCCUUCAGAAUUUGGUCUUGUGAAGAGAUUUUGGAAAUACAUAUUAGAUCGUGAGGGUCUAGGUGGAGAUGUCUCGUGGAUUUCUGUUUCAAAUAAUUCUUUGAUCUCUGUUGCUUGUCUUUUAAAGCAAUGUUCAUUUAGCGUGUCUGGAAAGGGUCAAUUUAAGGAUGAAUUUGUCACAGCUGGAGGUGUUCCAUUGUCAGAGGUUCUCUCUCUCUCUCACACACACACACACACACACACAAAUGCAUACAUACAUGGACAUUGUUGCGUAUGUAACUGUCUUUGCCGUAACACAAAGGUCUCGCUGAACACCAUGGAGAGCAAGAUUCAACAGCAUCUAUUCUUUGCAGGAGAGGUAAUAAAUAUUGAUGGAGUAACUGGUGGUUUCAAUUUCCAGAACGCUUGGUCUGGUGGAUACAUUGCAGGAACAAGUAUAGGUAGUUUAGCACUAGGUGCCACUUUGAAGAGGGAUGUCUCAUGACCUAAACGCCCGAAUAUGACUACCAACUUGAAUUUAUGCCAAACAGCCAUACUGUUACCUACCAGCCAGACUUGCGUGGGAAGGCUACCAUAGAGUUAUUUGUGGAAUGUUGAUUGUGAACUGUGGGAAAUACAGUGGUUGGGAAUCUCGGACGGAAUUGCAGACAAAAAGAGAUUAGAAAAUUCUUGCACUGUUGUGUGUGUGUGUGUGUAUAUAUAUAUUUUGCUGGGUGCACUGUUGCAUAUUUGUUUAGACUGUAGAUUUGUCUCUCUGUUCAUGUAUUUGUGCUUUUGUUGUCCACAAACAAGAUACGGGCCAUGUGAAGAAGCUGAAUCGUAAAUUUCAUGAUUGCUUUU